CGAAACAGCGGUAGCUUUUUCAAGUCUGUAGUCAACUAUUUGGAUGUUAGGGAUCCCAAACUUUUGCACUACAUAUUGCUAUUGUUGGUUCUUCUUGUAGGGAUAGUCUUCUAUUCGUUGCGAAACAUCCAGGAGAUCAUCUCGGACUCUGUGAACAUAAACGUCCAGAGUGUGUCGUUGGUUUCGUUCAGUGAUAACGGUUUAAACUCCCGGGUUAUUGGAACGGUGUUUGUAGACUACGAUAAAGUGUCAAAUGUCUUCUCCAGGAACUUAUUGAAGAUCGCCUCCUUGUUUGUAGGCACAGUUACCAUUACUGCUACAAAGGAAGUUCCUUUGUAUGCAAAAACUGUAACUUCUGAGCGUCUUUUACAUGCCGCAGAUGCGUUACCACCGCCAGUCACUAUCCACAUUAUGAACCAUAGGCAAACCGAACUUGACAUUGUAAGUGAAACCAACUUUGACAGCUAUAAUAUGGCACAGUUGAUGCGGGAAAUCCAAAGUACAAGUGGUAAGACUGUGGAUUUGGAUGUAAAUGGAGUGUUCACUGGUUAUGUUGAUGUACUUCUGUACAAGGUAGAUGUAGAUGGGAUAAGCUUCUACCAGACCGUAAAGUUCACCAAGGAAUGGUUCACACCAGCUAUUGAUGUUGAAUCUGUAGAUGUCAGUUCAAGCGAAAAAGGGAUUGAUUUAUUUGCUCGAGCUGUGGUUGAAAACAAAAUGGCAUUCAACUUUGCUGUAGAUCCUAUUAACUGGGAUAUUUUAGUAGAGAACUGUCUUCGUGACUUUGUGGCUCUAGGGUCUUGGACCACUCUGGCGUUCGUUAUUGAACCAUUUUCGCCUAUCAAAGUAGAUAUUCAGGGUUUGAUCGCUUCAAUUCCUAAACAGUUGCUAGAGGAUUGUUCUGAUAGACCCAGUGCUAUCACGAGGAUAAUUCAGAACUACUUGGAUGGUAAACCUAUUGACAUCUACUUGAGAGCUUCUCUGAAACAAUCCCAUUAUCUCCCUGAGUGGAUUCUUCGCUUGCUUCAUAGUGCUCCUCAUAAGAUCAGCUUUAUGAUUCCUCGUGGAAUGGUAGAUUUACCUCGGGAAGUGAAAAUUCAAAGUGCUGACAUCUUCAUUCCGGAAUCAAAAGGAGAUUCUGAACUGUUCGACAUUUAUUUGAGUUCAAAUAUCUCUGCUGUGGUUGAUCUACCCUUUGAUAUCAAAUUUGAGAUUCCUAAGUUCAGGAACAAGUUUGCCUUGAAACUUGAUGGGUCCAAGGAAGAACUCAUUCAAGGCCAUUCUGAUGGCUACAAUUACAUGAUUAUCAAGAAACUAGAAAAAGUGCUCACUGUCAAAACAAUUAUGCUGAAUUUGCAUAUCCAAGCAUUAAGACCAGCUGAAGUCGGAACUUUUAUCAAUAAUUUCUUUAACAAAGCUUCUGAGAGUAAGGAUAUUAUUGGUGAUGUAGAGGUUGACAAUCUUUCAUUGAAUCUGCCCAUUGGAGAAUUCGAACUCUCCAAACUUAGAAUUGAUCAUAUUGUAGUUCCGACUAGAAGAUGUGAAGUGCCCGAAGAAAUGAAGCAUGAUGUGGCUGCUCAUGAAGAUAAGGAAGAAGAAGGAUUUCUUGAUCGUUUGUUGAAAGACAUGAAUGUUACAGUUGUUGACAUCUAUUACGUCGAGUCUUCUGUAGAUGGUCUUAACAUGGUGAUGAAUAUUGAGUUGACUAAUCCUACCAGCUACUCUCUUGAAAUACCUAAGGAAGAAAUCAAGGUGGGAGUUCUGUAUAAUGGUUCACUGAUUGCUCAUGCUAUUGUUAGAGAUGUAUUCAUUCCGGGUAAUGAAAGGAUAAACUUGACUGCUGAAGUCAACAUUCUUGCUGAGUCUACGAAAAGCAAGUUGCUCUUAGAAUACUUGGUGAGUUCCUACAUUUCUGGACGAGAAAAUCUCGCAGUAGAUUUGCUUGAUCAUGAAGUAACAAACAACAAGGGGCUAGAUGAGUUGAUCAAGAAAAUUUCGAUUCGGAAUUUCAAGAUCCCCCAGGUUCAUUUCGAGAGACACGACAAUAUGGGUGACUCCGAAAUACUAGGAGAAAAUGCUUCCAACAAAUCGUCCCCUUUCUUACUUAGCGCAACGAUCCAUGUGUUGAGCUCUGAAAUAGAGUUGACACUUUACAAUCCAAUAGCCAAUGCCGAGAUCAAGGUAGAGUUAUUUCAGGCUGAAGCCAAACAUGGCGAAGUUAUUUUGGGCCACAUAUCUCAUCAGGAAUACAUGAUCGUUCCUCCUGGGAUCUACAAGUCGCCGCGAUUACCCAUUAAGAUCAGUCCUGGAGUCGGCAUGGAUGUGUUGCGGAAGGCUAUCAACGGCGAACUCGAUGUCCAGGUGAUAGCUGUUUUCACGGUGAAGCUCGAUGACUUCGAGGCCCAGUUGAUGUAUAAUGGACAUGGGAUCCAAACUCUGAUCAAACUUUAG